UCCAUGCAUUUCCAUUGUGACAAAUGGGACGAACAAAUACGCAUCCUGAAAGUAAUCACAGAUAUGUUUCUGCCCCAUCUGAAUGAGUCCCAGCUGGAGGAAGAGUGCUUCUCCAAGGUUUUACCUAAGGCAGCAAAGAUGUUCAGGAAUUUAAUGGAAGAGAUUUCAAGCCAAGCUGGAGGACUGUCCAGUCAGAACUCAGAGCUGCGUGCCUUUCUUAGGAAUACUCUGCAGAUCAUGGUGCAAAUACUGGAAGCUCUGUCUGGCUGUGUUCGACACCUGUGCUCUUUGGAGAGCACUCCAGCUCUAGAGAACUUUCGCUCAUUACCUUCCUGCAUUUUGAAGGUCCUGAAGGACACCUUUCAACACUGUAAGGAAAGUGAAGCUGUUUACAAUGGGCGUUUGUCUCUGGUCACUGAUCUGCUGCAAGCCCUGUUUAAAGAAGCGUACUCUCUUCAGAAGGGCCUGAUGGAACUACUGGACAGGAUAGCCUUAGAAAACACAGCUUCUGAGGAGGACAUCUCCGACAUUGUGACAGUGAUUCAUAGUCUGCUGGAAAUAUGCUCUGUAAUAUCAAACCUGGACAUUGCCUUGCAUGCCAACACAUGGAAGUUUAUUAUUAAGCAAAGUGUGAAGUACCAGGCUCUGGUGGAGGAGCAGUUGCGUCACUGUGACAUCGUGUCCUGUCUGUGUGACGACCUGUUGGCUGCUUUUCGCACCUGCCUGGAGCUCGCUGAGCAGAUGAAGCAGUCCGUGCCGCAGGAGAGUCUGCAGAAUCCCGAAUACAAGUUGUUCCAGAAAACAACGAAGAUGUGUAGGUUUUUUGCCAACACAUUAGUUCACUACAUAAAGGAAUUUAAAGCUUUUCUGGCCAAGUCUUGCAGCCGGCUUCACCAUCUGUACCUUCAGAUAUUCAGCAAGUUCCCCCCCAGCCUCUGGUCUCCGUCCGUUUCCUCCACACACUACAGCGAGCUGAACGGCGCGGUGCUGGUCGCCAUGGACGCCCUCGUCGCCCAGCUGCUGGCCUUCGGACCCUUUGCCGAGGCAGUGCUGGCAGAGAAGCAGCAGUCCAGUCCAGAGCUUGUGUUUCCUCACUGCCUCCUGCUUGUGAACAUCACAGGCAAGCUCCUCUCGCAGCCAGAGGAAGUGCUUCGCCUGUGGUGUGAAGGCAGCCAGUUCCCAGAGGAGACGCCGAAGCUGUCUGUCUUCCAGGCCCUGUUCCAGAGUUUUCGGGCUUGCUCCGCGGAGAGGGCCCUGCCAGUGCUGGUGCCAGGGCUGAUGAUGAACGGGCAGGCCCAGAGCCAUGUCACCCUUCAUCAGCACGUCUGCGUGCAACUGUCGGCCUUUGUCGCUGCGCUGCCCGCGGCACACUUCCCCCAGCUGGAGCGCUCCCUGCUGGAGGCACUGCUUCAGCCAGACACUCAGACUGCUCUCCUGGCAACCGACAUCUGGUGCUUCCUGGCGCGCUAUGGAACAGCAGAAUUGUGUCUACAUCAUGUGGUCCUCACAGCUCAUCUGAUCAAAUCCUGCCCAGGGGAAUGCUACCAGCUGACCCACCUGGCUAUUCUGCUUAGGCGAAUGAUGUUCCUGAUGACACCCAACCACCAGGUGGAGGUGGUGGAGACGUUCCCCCCCAGGCUGGAAGAGAACCUGCCGGUGUGGCGCCAUGUCCUCCUCAGGGCUCUCUCGCAGGACGUCCGGCGGCGGGUGGAGGAAGACAUUGCGAGCUCGGCGAGCGCCGUGGUGACCAGCUGGCUGGAGAAGGGCUGCAGGCUCGGGGAGCUGGACAGAGUGAAUGUGGCACUCUCCUCCUCGCUGGCUGUAGUUCGAAGCGAAGCUCCAGAUUCAGAGUGUGUGUCCGCCGUCCUGAGACUGGUCACACAGCUGUGGCCUCGCAUGUGUCCACAACAGGUGCAAACUUACCCAGCGGUUCAGUGCACUCUGUGUCUGCUCCUUAGCAUCUCUGCUGUUCUCGUGCAGAGAGUGGACUCCCCCAUCAUCUGCCAGGCUCUGACGUGUCUGAGCUCCCUGCUGUCACACAAGUGUCCUGAUGAUGUUGUGCUGGCAGCACUGGACUUUUUGGCAUCCAUGGGGAAGGUGUUUAUUCCUUCAGAAAUUCAGAGCCAGGUUUUGCCUAAAAUCUGCAGCCUCUUCAGUGUCCUGCUGGCCCAGGAGUCUUGGAUUCUCUACCAGCACUCUCUAGAGGCCUUCUCCCUAUUUGCAGAGGCAACUAAUCAUGAAGAAGUGAUCUCCCAGAGUUUGUCAUCAGAAGAAACAAAAAAUAAAGUCGUGAAAUUCCUCAGCAAGACCGUUGAUGUGCAAGAAACAGAGCAACAACGACUUGAGAGGGUAAAAAUGGAGAGGUCCAUUUUUGAAAGACACAUCAAGAGACUGGAAGCUGAUGGAGAGGAGUCUACAGCUGACUUACAGCCAUGUCCGAAACGUGCCCGACAGGAGACGAGCGAAGAGGAAGAGUGCGAGAAAUAUCUCCAGACAGCGGAAAGCGCCCUGAAAACACUACAGGCCUUGACUGAAAAAAGUCCCCCGCCACAAUGGGUGACGGCCAGGCUCUGGGAGCUGCAGGCACUGAUAACCCGAAUCAACACAGCCAAGCCCCCAAGAACAUAGCACUGCCGUGGAAGCGGGGAAA